AUGGAUUUCGCAUCACUCAUGUCGGCGCAGAUCGCCAAAUCCAGACCGACGUCAAAGUCUCAAACGCCAGAAGCAGCGAAACCAUUCAAGUACACUAAACGCGCCGACGUCGAAGCACAACGACAAGCAGACUACGCCGCCGAGCAGAAAGCAUUAGAAGAUGCGCGAAUUGCUAAACUCGAGAAAAAGCGCAAACUCGAAGAAGACGAGUCAGAGAAAAACAGAGCAAGAGAGGAGAAGCGAAAGAGACUGGCAGAAGAGAGCAGAAGAUUGAGAGAAGAAGAAGAGGAACGAGAAGAAAGGAUCCGCAGAAAGAGGCUAGGACUACCAGAUUUACCACCAAAAGAAAAGGCUGUCGAGAGCGGUGAUGCCACACCUGCGCCUGAGAAUGACAUUCCGCCAGAAGAGCUCGUGCAAAAGUUGAGGGACAUGAAUGAACCUGCGCGCUUGUUUGGAGAGACACACAAUGCGCGACUGCGACGAUACAGGAAGCUUGCUGGACUCGAUGCUUCAGGCAAGCCGAAGGCAGUCAUGUAUCCUGGUCCCAUACCCACCACCCUUGAGCCUGUGCCCGAAGCCGAUAUGAAGGUGUCCGACGUCGUGCCCAAGGAUACCGAGGGCCGCGCCUUUCUUUACCGACAGCUCGCUUCCUACUUUACUCUGGUCCUGUCAGAAUGGCAAGUCUCGCUAUCGCUCCGAGAUGAGGCUGUAAAAACGAGCAGUAGCGGUAGAGCUGCGUACAGUGCUAUGGUCCAGGCACGCGACAGUAUGGUGCCAUUAUAUCGAAAACUGGAGAAGGGAGAGGUCGAGGAAGGAAUUUUGGGUCCGAUUGUUGAGAUUGUCCGAGCCUGCCAGGAGAGACGCUAUGUUGAUGCCAACGAUGCUUACCUGCGUUUGAGUAUCGGUAAAGCUGCAUGGCCAAUUGGUGUUACCAUGGUCGGUAUCCACGAAAGAUCCGCACGCGAGAAGUUGCAUGCGAACGACAAAGACGCUGCACAUAUCAUGAGCGACGAGAUUACGCGAAAAUUUUUGCAGUCCAUCAAGAGAUGCUUGAGUUUCUCACAAACCCGCUGGCCACCAACAACACCUCUGCAGCUCAUGGGCUAG